AUGUCAGUUCUAUAUGAAAAAGCUUCCGAUCUCUUAAAAUGGAUAGACAAAAAUGGAGAUUCAAGAAUUAAGGAUUAUUUUUUAAUGGAUUCUCCAUGGCCAGUUGUGAUCAUUCUUGUCGCUUAUCUAUACUUUGUUCUGAAGGCUGGUCCAAAGUUCAUGAAGUAUCGUAGCCCAUUGAAAAUUGAUCGUAUUGUAAUGGUGUACAAUGUUGUCCAAGUUGUAUUUUCAGCCUAUCUAGUGAAAGAGGCAUUUAGGUUAAUAUGGGUUCAAAAUGACUACAAAAUAAACUGCAUUGAAAUUGAUUACAGUGACACAGAUAAAGCUAGAGACAUAGUUGGUGCUGUGUGGACUUACUUCUUUUCUAAAGUCUUAGAUUUACUCGACACGAUAUUCUUCGUGUUACGUAAAAAGCAAAAUCAAGUGACGUUUUUACACAUCUAUCAUCAUUCAAUGGUAUUGGUGCUUAGCUGGGGUGUAUUAAAAUUCUAUCCAGGAGGACAAAUCAUCUUAUUUGGGACCAUAAAUGCAUUUGUUCACAUUGUCAUGUACAGUUACUACUUCUUGACCAUAUUGAAACCAGAGUACAAAAAAGCAUGGUGGAAAAAAUAUUUGACACAAUUACAACUGAUUCAAUUCGUUAUCACUGGUCUUCACGGAUGUGCAACAUUAUUGUCAACUGACUGCAGUUAUCCCAAAUUUAUAAUAAUGUUAGCAUUGCCACAAGAUAUUUUUAUGUUUGUUUUGUUCUGGGACUUUUACAAAAAAGCUUAUAAACAACCCAAAAAUAAACUGACUUAA